UCACAAUUUGCUUCCUGAAGAAGGCGCCAUAGAUUAACCAAGACAAUAUUAGAUUUUUGUUCUUCCCCUACAUUUUUGUUUCACGCUGUCCUGCAGUUUUCCAUGUCUCACCGAGGCGCAUAUGUAUUGCGCACUGAAGUCUCUGUUACGCACAUUUUUUUGGGGGGAAAAAUGAAACCUAUGUUUUUGUUCUUUUUCAUCACGCUGUUUGCAUCCGCGGAGAUGAAACCUCGGAGAGGCUCCGGGGUGGUUUGUACUUUUAAAGACAAAACCUACAGACCAGGAGAAAGCUGGCAUCCCUAUCUGGAGCCGUUUGGAUACAUGUUCUGCAUGCGCUGCGUGUGCGCAGAGUCAGGCCAUGUGAAGUGCAACACAAUCAAGUGUCCUGCGCUGGCGUGCGUGAACCCUGUGACUGGGCCUCAGAGGUGUUGUCCAAGGUGCACAGAUGAACCCAGGAUCCCAGCAGGACUGAGGGCGCCUGUCAAAACCUGCAGGCACAAUGGGACAGUCUAUCAGCCAGGGGAGACCUUCACCAACCAGGGCUUCUUUCCAUCCAGGCAAAGCAAUCAAUGCGUCAUGUGCACAUGCUCUAACGGAAAUAUCUUCUGCGCUCUGAAAACAUGCCAACCAGUCACCUGCUCUUCGCCAGCUACCCUUCCAGAUACCUGCUGUUUGGUGUGUAAAGACAAUGGUAGCAGCGGCUCCUCAUCCAUUGAGGAUGGAAACCAUCAGUUGAACCGAGGCGUUAGGCAUUCAGUCGACCAGUGCUCUGGAGAGCAGAGCAGGGUUAGGUCGGACCGGGCCACCCUGCACAGAGGUUCCUCCAGGGGCCUCAGCCUCAGCAGGCUCAACCUCAAAGGGGCCUCGGAGACGACAGUGAGGAUUUUGCUGCAGAGGAAACACCAAAGAGUGUGUUUAUACAACGGCAAGACAUACUCUCAUGGAGACAUGUGGCAUCCAGUUUUGGGGAAGGUCCUGGAAUGCAUCGUUUGCACUUGCAUUGACGGCCUCCAGGACUGCAAACGCAUCACAUGUCCAAGCCAUUACCCGUGUCAGCAUCCAAUGAAAUCAGCAGGAAAAUGCUGCAAGACUUGUCCUGAGAGCAAAGCUACAGUGAACCAGACCCAAUGCUAUCAUGGGUAUAAAAACAACCUCUUGGUGUAUAAAGUAGAGCUAUCUUUGAAAGUUGAUUCUCCUAACACAGUUAGGAUCAUUGCUGCGGAAAGACAGAGUACAGCUGAGAUUGAAGUGCAAGCCUGGAACACAGCAGAAGGUAAUUUACGAAUAAUUGAGAUUGGAGACGUUCAAAGAAAAGACAUCACAGAUCAUCCAGAAAAUUACACUCUUCUUACCACUCUAGAUGAAGUGACAUGGAAAAAAUUUAAAGAGGUGGGAGGAAACCUCAGCAACACUUCUCAGACAACAAUUUGUGAAAACGGCAUUCGGGAGAUAGUGACGUUCCUGAAUCCAAGGCAAACGGAAGGCCUGUGCUCCCCGUAGGAACCACUCAUGAUAUCCCUAUUCAUGCAUGCGCAUAUACAUUCAAGCUGCACUUCUUUAUGUUUUUUUUUUGUUUGUUUGUUUUAUUUAUGCAAGUGGAAGUUCUUGCUCUUAAUGUUUUUUGAACAUCUUUCUUUGGGGGUAGUUAUAUCUUCAAAGACAACAGUGAUAAUGUUGUUGAUCAUUCUUUGUUGUUUACAAUUCUAGUAAUAAAUUUAACAUUAUUAUGUUUGCUAGGAAAGAUUUAAAGCUGCAAAUGUAAUGAUGAGGGGCAAACUGCACAAGCCAGUGACAGGUAAAAGGCCUCUUUACAGUCAAUGAGUUUAUUACUAAUAUAGGAUAUAAGGAUAAGAUUGAAAGGAGCCUGGCAUUGUGCACUUAAAUGUGAUUUGUUUGAAGAGUGAGAAAAAAAAAAAAGGAUUGGAGCAAUUUUGGCAGAUCAUGAUGGUUGUACUUUUGAGUCGUAAAGUAUUGACACUUAGAGCUUUGGUGUGAUAAUUGGUGCCAGACCUGUUAAGACAGCCAACGCUGCGAAUUGGAGGCUGUAAAUUUGCUACCUCAAUACUGCCCCCAUUGGCCAGACUGUAAAUGGCAAAAAGCCCCUUAAGAAAUGUUCCUGCUAAAGCCUUUAAAUGAUGUCUCAGCCUCGACCUCAUCAGGUGUGACAUUCCACUUUGUUUUGACCGGUGGAUGUUUUCUUGCAUUUAAGUUUUGCAAGAAUCAAAGUGUGUAGAAUAUGUAAAGACUUGGGUCUUCUAUCAGAGGCCUGGGUAAUUGUCAUUUCUUCACUGCCUCUGUUCUUUACAGAGAUCUUAAAAAUAUAUAUUUGUUCCUGAAGUCAUUCGGUCACUCUUCUGGUUUUGACUUUGUAGCACUAAGGACUCCAGUACCACUGGCAGCACAUGGGCCACAAGCUUUCUCUAUAUCUCUUUAAAGGGGCAUAGUCACGUUAUGUGAUAUAUCAGUCGCUCACUCCAGUUGCAAACUGUUUCGUUUUCCUU